CGGAAAACGACAGAUGACAGUGAAAUAGCUAUCGCAAAUGAAAUUGUUGUCCACAAAUAAACUGUACAAUAAAGACGUCGACGAAAAGGCUGCAGGUCCUAAUGUGGAGGCAGAGCAGAACUUGCGUUGAGCACCUGCCUGUGUUGCCAUGGGUUCACCCCCCUUGUUCCUGCUCCUCCUGGGCCUGACCCCUAUGCUCCGUCUGACUGUUCAUACCCUCCACACGUCCGCCCCUCCCGUGGCUCCUCCACCCUCCUGUGGGCCGGGCCAGUCCUGGGCCGUCCGGUUGCACACAGACUCAGAGCUGCUGGAGGCUGACGGCUCCACCCUGCACGAGCUGGCCAGCAUGGUGGCUGAGCAGGCUGGCCUGGAGAACAGGGGCCAGAUAGGGCAGCUGGAGGGCCACUACCUGCUCUGUGCCGGCCCCGAGGAGGAGGGCAGACCGGGGGACGUGCUGGCAGCCCACCCUCAUGUGCUCUGGCACUCCCAAGAGCAGGUCCUCAGCCGCUCCAAGAGGGCAAUGGCCUUCAACGACCCCAGAUACCCCUUACAGUGGCACCUGCAUAACGAUGUCAGGGAGGGCAUGGACAUCAAUGUGACUGGUGUAUGGGAGCGCAACAUCACAGGGACAGGGGUGACAGUGGUGGUCGUGGAUGAUGGGGUUCAGCACACCCUCCAGGAUAUUCAGCCAAACUAUAGUCCAGAGGGCAGUUAUGACUUGAACUCCAACGACCCGGACCCCAUGCCCCACCCGGACGUCCUCAGUGACAACCACCACGGCACGCGCUGCGCCGGGGAGAUUGCCGCCGUUUCCAACAACAGCUUCUGUGCUGUGGGCGUGGCCUAUGGCAGUAAAGUGGCAGGUAUCAGAGUCCUGGAUGGUCCGCUCACAGACAGUAUGGAGGCGGUGGCUUUCAACAAGCACUACCAGAUCAACGACAUCUACAGCUGCAGUUGGGGUCCUGAUGAUGAUGGCCGCACUGUUGAUGGACCACACCCCUUGGGCAAGGCGGCGCUGCAGCACGGAGUGAUUGCUGGCAGAAGGGGCUUCGGCAGUAUCUUUGUCGUCGCCAGUGGCAACGGAGGCCAGUACGAGGACAACUGCAACUACGAUGGCUAUGCUAACUCAAUCUACACUGUUACCAUUGGAGCAGUAAAUGAGGAAGGGAAGAUGCCCUUCUAUGCUGAGGAGUGUGCCUCCAUGUUGGCUGUCACAUUUAGCAGUGGAGGCAGAACGCUACGCAGUAUUGUGACAUCAGACUGGUCACUGCAGCAGGGCACGGGCUGUACUGACGGGCACACGGGCACCUCGGCGGCGGCACCCCUGGCGGCUGGCAUGGUGGCUCUGAUGCUGCAGGUCCGGCCCUGUCUCACCUGGAGAGACGUGCAGCACGUCAUCACCUACACAGCCACACAGUAUGAUGUGCAAGGGGACUGGAAAAUCAAUGGAGCGGGCUUCCACCACAGUCACCAGCACGGCUUCGGCCUGCUCAACGCCUGGCGGCUGGUCAACGCUGCCAAGGUGUGGGAGAUGGUGCCGUUCCUAGUGUCCUAUCAGAGCCCAGUGCUGAAGGAGGAGGAGCUUAUCCCAGCCUAUCCGGAUCAACUCAACCUAACCUGGAACGUCACAGCAGCUGACCUCAGGCAGUCCGGGAUGCAGACCUUGGAGCACGUGUCUGUCACCUUGACGAUGGUCCAUACUCGCCGCGGCAACGUGGAGAUUGUACUACUCUGCCCCAGUGGCAUGACCUCACUCAUCGGGGCGCGCCGUACUCUUGACAUGGAUACCUCUGGUUACUCAGACUGGACGUUCUCCACUGUGCGCUGCUGGGGGGAGAGAGCCGAGGGCCAGUACAGGCUGCAAGUCUCUGACCACAAAGACCCUGGGUUGACCCUGGGCUCUCUGAAGCACUGGAAGCUCACUCUGUACGGCUCCUCUCUGUCCUUCGAAGAGGUCAAGGAGAGACAGAGUGUAGUGGAGGAGGCUAUGGGGGGGCAGUAUCUGGACAGCAGUUUCUCCCUGCCCUGUCCUGCAGGCAUGGACAUCCCCUCUGAGACGGUCAGCCCGUUCACCUCCAAGAGCCUCAAGUCUCUGCUACUGCUGGGCUGCUUUGCUCUCUUCUGGUCCCUGUACUACACCCUGGAGGUGACCCUGGCCAACCUGGACUUUAGGGGACUGUGUCGGCGGGGCAGGGGGACGCGGGGCUCCCGCGGGGGACGGGGGAGAGGCACUGGAACUCUGGGGGACAACUCUGAGCUGGAGAUGCAGAGUGUGUUGGACUCAGAGUACAAGGUGCCCUUCAUCACUGGAGACACUGCCACAUAA